AUGGGUUCCAAAGUUGUCGUCUGUGAUAAGCAUUUGACUGAUGAAAAUGUUGAUCCCGUGCCGGUCACGUCCUUUAUGGCAGACAUUGUAGUCGGAAAGGGACAAAGGCCUUUGACGGAGGCCGAGAAGUAUAAAAUGGCCAAAAGUCAUAUGCGACCUAUCCUGGAGAAGUUAAAGAGUUGUGGAACUGGACGAUUCUUGGAGUUGUUGCGGGAGGUCAACGCAUUUGCAGAACGUAUUAUGAAUGCACCUGGUUGUCUACAAGGGUCGUUUGUCGACUCUCCUGCACAACCCAGCGGGGUUCCAAUGGAAAAAGACGUUAAGGAGGAAGUUGUUCGUUGUAUGGUAAGGGAGGAAGGUGAUGUGUUUAUCGCGCAGAUGGUUUCUAGUGGAGAAUCUUCUGUAUGUGUUUUGCGCAAUGACAAGCUACUUCCCAACUUCCGCAUUCGUGGUCAUCCGUGCAUGCAACAGCCAUGGCUGACUCGCAAACCUCUGAGAAGUCGCCCGAUGAAUAUUACUGUCUCCACGAAUAUUGCCAGCACUAGUACUCAUAUGGAUAUUAAGCUGCCCAGUCGGCAUUUGGGGGAGAACGUCGUGGACCUAAAUGACAACCCGUUUGUAGACGCAUGUGGUGCCUGCGGCGGUUAUACGGUCGGUGCUCCAGAGUCCACGUUAGACAGUACAACGGAACGAGUUGCCUACGACUAUGAUCGAAUACACGAAUACGCCAGCGCUGUCCUAAAGGAUGGGGAAAUCUAUACUGUAAAUAAAGCCUUCCGUCUGGGUAAAGCAGACCCAGGCCGCGACCUGAAACAAACCCAAGGCCUCCUAAAGUUAUCUUCGAUAACGAAGGCUCGGCAUCGAAACUACUAA